AAGAGUAUCCUUCAUAUGAAGAGAGUAUACAAGCUUACCCUUCUUUACUUGACCAAUAUUGUCUAUGAGACUCUAUCAUCAGAGAAAGAAGCAAUAAUAAUGAUCUUCCACCUUUGAACCAAUUUUGCAUGAGUUUACAGCAAAAAGAAGGAGAGCAGUUUGCAGAGGAAGCUCCUCCUUCACUAGUUAUUCAAACUCCAAGUUUGGUUACUGGUCAAGAUCUAAGAUCUAAACACCAAAUUAACAAUGAAGAAGAUAAACACUCAGAAAAAAUUAUAUCAAGUAAGCUCAGGAUUAUAUCGCUCUAAAUGAAUAGAUCCAGACGGAACUCCCAUGUACUCUAUUAGAAGACUCAAAAGAUUCAUUAGAAAGACUCAAGCAAGGUACAGUUAUACCUGUAUGGUUGGCAGCUGCAGAAGAACUUUCAACAAUCUCAGUGAAAUGCAGCUUCACCAGAGAUCUCAUCAAAAACUGAGGCCAUUUAAGUGCCCUCACUGUCCAAAGCUGUACACUCAGAAAGGCAACAUGGUCAAGCACAGAAGAAGCCAUUUGAUCCCAAAUCUGGAUGAUAGAAGGAGAUUCAUCUGUGAGUUCUGUCACAAAGGAUACACGGAGAAGUACAACUUGAAGGUAAGGUUCUCUUCAGAUAUUUCUAAUUGUGUAGACCCACCAGAAGAAGUUCCACUCGAUGGAGUUUCAGAACAGAUUGAGAACAGUGACCUUCGAGACAUAAUAAUUUGUGUUUUAAAAGUUGACCAAUAG